AUGUAUCGGAAGUUGUCUAAGUUAGAACACUCGGAAAUAAAACAACUUCUUACAGAAGCUAAUAUAGAUGUUGCAAAACAUUACGCGACAAACAAAAAAGCACUCGCUGACUUCAUUAAAGACUACAAUGGUGCAAUAAGUUAUGAUAGAAUUCAUGAGUUCAUAAAGCCGCAACGCGGCGAGGACGAAGUCCAUGCAAGAGCAUUUCCUUUAAAUGACAUUGCUAUUGACUUAUAUCAUAGACGUUCAGUACCUCAUGAAGUAAGAAGAGAAAUGUUUGACAUAACAAAUGCGAACGUUGGUCAUACUCGUAAAGCUCUUUCGCAUGAUGUUCGUCAAGAAAUGUUUGACAUAACAAAUGCAAACGUUGGUGAAACAAGAAGAAGAGACGACACACUGAAACAACAGAGAAGAGAGAUGUUUAA